UUUUCUUUUAUUCUGAAUAAUCUAUCUUCGCAAAGAGAAGAUUCAAACAAUAUCCAGAAGCAAGCCAAGUUGUACUAUUUGUAGUCAAUAAGAACUUCCUCAUAUGUCGAUUCAAAGUAAAGAAAAUAAAUAGUAAUUGAAUAUGAACAAAAAGUUGAGGUCAAUAAAGAAAACGCACCAUGAUUCUAACGUGUCAGAAUUAUUAUUCUAUUUAAGAAUGACACCUCAUGUGACCCAUCCCUGCCAUACAAACAAGAAACAAAAGCCAAUCUUUAAACAGUUUAAUUUCGAUUUGGGACCUCUCUUUCUGGUGUCUGUAAUUGUGUAAAACUGUAAAGAAUCGGUGUUAGCGUUAGCGUUAGUGUUAGCGUUAGUUAUGUCUAAAUGUUUCAGCUUAACUGCAUCAAGAAACUGGUGCCUCAGAUCCGGAUUCAGCAGUUUGGGCCUCCGAUCGACUCUCACUGACCUGGGUGAUGGUACUGUAAUGCACUGCUGGGUGCCCAAGUUCCCAAAACCGACCCGACAGGAUCUGGUGCUGAUACACGGGUUCGGGGCCAACGCUCUGUGGCAAUGGUACGACACGGUCCGGUUCCUGGCACCUCACUUCAACGUCUACGUCCCGGACCUGGUAUUCUUCGGAGAAUCAUUCACGACUCGGACGGAAAGGACCGAGUCGUUCCAGGCUCAGUGUGUUAAGCGAGUUAUGGAUGCCAACUCUGUAGGGAAGAAGAUGAUUGUGGUGGGGUUGAGUUAUGGUGGGUUUGUGGCGUACAGUAUGGCUGCGCAGUUUAAAGAUUGUGUGGAGAAGGUGGUGGUAAUGUGUGCUGGGGUGUGCUUGGAGGAGAAUGAUUUGAAGAUGGGGUUGUUUCCGGUGGCGGACGUGGAGGACGCCGCCAAAAUCCUGCUGCCGCAGACGGCGGAGAAAAUGAGGGAAUUGGUUGCUUUAACUUUUGUGAAGCCGCCUAAGGGAAUACCCUCUUGUUUGCUUAACGACUUCAUUGACGAAAUGUGUAUGCAAUAUGUUGAGGAGAAGAAAGAGUUGCUCCGUGCAAUUCCGAAAGACAGAAAACUUUCAGACCUUCCAAAGAUCACUCAGCCAACACUAGUAAUCUGGGGAGAUCAAGAUCGGAUUUUUCCUUUAGAACUUGCUUACAGAUUGAAAAGGCAUUUGGGAGAAAAUGCAGAGCUAGUAGUGAUCAAGAACACAGGCCAUGCUUUCAUUCAUGAGAAAGCCAAGGAAUGCCAUAAGCAUUUGAAAAAUUUCCUACUAAAUUCAAAACCUAUGAAUCCAACCGCAAAUCACCAAAACCACAAAUGAUUUACCAGAACCAGUUGAUUUUCUAAACCCUGAUAUUAAAAACAUUUUUCUUGCCUCCCAAAUCGUGCCCCGCCCGCAGCAGGGAAUGUUGUAGAAUGUAAUUUUUUUUCAUAAUUGUAUUAUUAAUAUUUAUGUAAAGCCAAGAUGAAUAUAUUUUUUUUCUCCUCA